CGUAUUAAGUACUUAUUAAGUACAUAUUUUUCUGAAUUUUGAAACCAGUUGUUGGGCAGUUGUUGGAGAUCAUCAUGCAAAUAUAUCAUGCAAUCUAUAUUUUUAUUUUUUUGGCUUCCCCAAAGGACAUAUUCACCCAUGUAUCCUUCACAAAUUUAAAAUGUGGCUCUUUGGAUAGACGAUUCACCGAAUUUCAAAGGUGCUACAUUAAGGCGUUCAAUCGAUCUCACAAAUAUAUCGAUGUCCACGCCAGGUUGCUACAAAUUCCAGUAAAAGAUGUCUCGAUUAAUUUAAAACUAAUGCGCUAUGACCAUGGCUAUAAGCCAUUUUUUAUAAAUGUGACCUUUGACGCGUGCAAAUUUCUCAAAAAUCAAAAACAUUCGAUCGUAAAACUCUUCUACAACGCUUUCAAGGAUAGUUCCAAUUUAAACCAUACCUGUCCCUACGAUCAUGAUUUAAAACUGGACCAUUUUUGGACUGGAAACAUAGAAGCAGAUUUUACGAAAUAUAUUCCACUAAUUAAUGGGGACUAUUCUGUGGAUACGCUAUGGUAUUCCAAUAAUAUCGCUCGUUCUUUUGUGAAUAUAUACCUUAGGUUAUCGUGAAAAUAAAACUAAUAUGAAUCAGAUUUUGGUCUAAUUAUAUGUUGCCUU